UCGCGAAUGGAUCGCUUGCUCGGUACAUCCCUGGGCCGUCGCUGUUCGUCAAAAAUUUAUUACAACAAAGUUUAACUCGGCAACUUGGGGUGCCACUGAAACCAUCUACCGGAGUGGUUUAGAGUGUCGAUUCGGAAGAUGCCGUCCCAAGAUAAUGUUGAGUCCGGUGGGCCUCGGAUGGCUUCCGAAUCAGCGGACGCAUCCGAAUCAUUCCACCAGGAAGCGGCACACGAUAUCAGAUUGCAACCAGUUUUAGACGUUGAGGACGAAAAAUCGACGGCCAUCAUCACUGCUGCGAUUCCUUCCUCUACUGCCGCAGAGGUAGACGACGAAGCUAACGAGGAUUCCUUCGAUCCGAAUCACACUCCCGUUGUGGCGUUCCGAAAACGACCGGUCUCAUUCGUGGCCAACAACAAACCACCGGUGCUGCAACGGGCGCUGUCCUAUCAAGCUUCAAUCGGUGGUCAUUCGCACAAAUCCUUCGGAUCAACGGCGGCAGAUGACCACCUGAUACCACCGCCGUCGACGCGAGAGGAAAAGUCCAAAUUUACCCGUCGUUAUCUAGCAGUAGUGACGGCCAUCAUCUACACGCUAUUUCUGAUAGUGUUCGGUUUGAUUGUCUUCGUGACGGAUGCCGUCGAAAAUAACGCACGCUAUCCGCUGGCGGAAGUGUUUGGAUUAUACAUGGUUUCGGUUGGUAUUGUUUACUUCGUGUUUCUGUACUUUGAUGUCAGAAUGCACGUGGUGAGGACUCAUCGAGCAAUCGAAGAAUUGGAACGACGACAGCAAGCGUACGAAGAGAUGAUGAAUAAAACUGCGGCGCAAUUCAACAACGGACCGCUGGCACUGAAUCCCAGCGCUCCGCAGAGGAGCGCCCCACGGGAUUGGGAACUGCCGAAGCUGGAUCCAAUACCGCAUAACUAUUGUUUUGUGAGUGGUAGACAUGGAGAGUUCAUAUAUUUGAAGCUGGGAGCUACCUGGUUCUGUUUCGGACUGUUGAUCCAUUCGGUUCUGUUGCUUUCCUACCAGGGUAUUCUGAUGAACAGCACCGACGGCAAAUGGGCGGCUUGUGCCUCGAACACCACCAUCGCUUUGGAAGUAUUGUUCCUUUGUUACUGCCUUUUCUUGGUAUUCUUUUUCUGGAAGUAUGCCAACGUGGUGAUAAACCAUUAUCGGGGAUUGGCACGGUUUGGAUUGAUGCACGCGAUCGGGACGGCACUUGCUUUCUGGAUUUACACGAUUGUAAGAGAAACUCAUCUUGCGAUUCGAAUAAAAGAAUCCUACAAAACUCCUGCUCCAGGAGAUCCGACUGCAGUGGGCUUAGCUCUGGUCAUAUGUCCUGGUCCGGAGGAUCUCAAUGCAAUCCUGACAACGUUUUCACCUUACCUAUAUCCAUUUGUAAUAGAAUUCAACAUUCUGAUAGUCGGGCUACUCUACAUGAUUUAUGCUAACAUUAAUCGUUGUCCGAAGAAACAUUCCGUUAAAGGACAUGGACACGGCCAUGGUAGCUCACAUAGUGGUCAUGAGGAUGGUGACAGUGUUUGUUCGGAUGCACAGAACAAGUCAAUCGAUCACGAAGCGGAGGUGAAAGGAAAAAUGAUCGUUUAUGGCGACUGUCAUGCUACCAGUCGCGGUUUAUUUGCUGGUUUGAUUUUGGUUGUGGCUACCAUCGUUGUCAUAAUUUUAUUUCACAUUGCUGCCAGAGAUGACGACUACCGAGAUGUAGGCGUUCUUGUUGAUUCUAUAUUCGAGGUGACGGUUCUCGGAAUUAUGACACUCGCUGCGAUUCUGGCCUAUUUUCAAACGUCAAAGUUGGACAUCAAUCAACAUCCGAUAUCCCGCCUGGAUGACGUACUGCUGUUUAUCGCAAUUCCAGCUUUCUUUUCGGAAACAUUUUUUAGCAUGAUACCGGCCUUCGAGAACCAAUCGAUUCUGAACGGAUUCAUAAUCUUCACUCAGUUGCUUCAAAUUCUUAUUCAGACACCGUGGAUUAUCGAUGCUUUGCGGAGGUGUUCGAAUGCUCCGGAAUUGAGAAAAGAAAAACCCGGCAAAGAGUUGGUAACCUUUCUGACGAUAGCCAAUGUUGCUCUUUGGAUUUAUUUAUCAUUUUCCGUUAAAACGGGCGACUUCGGUGAUGAGCGAUAUGAGUAUUACGGAGACGUGCUGUGGUCCAUACUUAAUCACUUAUCGCUGCCGCUUAUCAUGUUCUACCGGUUUCACGCAUCGGUUUGCCUGGUGGAUAUUUGGCGGCACUCAUACGAACCGGGAGAGUUCGCUCACUGACGUCCGCGGGAAGGUAGAUUAGGCUUCGAGGAACCUCGAAUGAUAUUAAAUUUCUGCUGGUUAGAAGUAAAAUACUGGACGAAAGCAUAACCGAAAAUAGAUAACGAACGUUAAUCGCGAUAGCAAAAGUUAGAUCGACUAUCUCCGUACCGAUAUAUGUACUGAUAAAUGCACUAGUAUUGACAACAAUAAUACGUCGGCAAACAA